AUGAAAGGCAUCGUCGACGCGCUUCCAAGCCGGAUCGGCUCGAAGCGUAGCGAGGUGCGCAACGACGGCGGGAGCGCAGCCAAGUGGCCGCUCGGUUUGCUGUUGGCGCCCAGCGGGGAUUUUCUAAUUUGGCACGCGUCGAGCCCGCUCUGGGCUUGCGCCUGGACUCACUUGGGCCAGCUGACGCUCUCGGCCUCGGUGGCUUUUUGCGCCGUGACCCCUUUGGCUGCACGCGCCGCCUGCUGCGUCCCCUCGCUGCAACCUUGGCUUCGCCUUGCCUUGCCUUGCCUUGCCUUGCCUUGGCCCGCACGCUCGCUCGCUCGCCUGCCUGCCUGUCUGCCCGUGCCGCCUGCCGUCAUCCUGCGGAACUACAGUAGUCUUCUCCGUCACUGGCAGUGGCAGCUGCAGCUCGAGCCCACACACCACACCGGCAGCAGCUCAGCACAGCAUCCAGUCAAGGCCUUGUCUCCCGCACUUCUUCUUCCAAAGCCUUUGUCGCGCCAUGCCUCGCUCCGCCUCGCCCUGCCUUUUCUGCUGCCCUCGCUGCGUCUGCAUCUCACGCCCCUCCCGCGCCUUCGUCCGUUCAGAGUGCUUUGGUCGCUCAGUCCCAGCCGCGUAGCCGACUCCCCCUCUGCAUCUUCCGUCUGCCUCGUCGCCUGCUUGUUUGGAUCCGUGGCACUGCCCGCCGCGACGCCCUUCCAGCCUCGCUCGCCUCUGCCUGCUACUCCACCCAGACUAGCCCGCUCGCUCUGCUGCCGCUCCUUUGCCUCGCACCGACCACCUAUCCUCCCACACCUUCCAUACCCACCGCAUCCUUCCUCCCGCUCUCUCUUUCGCCUCGCAAUUACCCGUCUACCAGCUGUCUCAACCCACGACACCCUCAGAGCUACGCUGAACCCAGGCGCAAGUCAGAACGCCAAGCUCCGAUCACGGCUCAUCCGAUCGUCCCGACGAUAUCUUGCGUCGCCGACCUCGGACGCGACGCCGAUCGCAGCCUUGCUCGUCUUCCGUACAACCAUUAUCAACCUUGAUCCCACUCAACCCACUCCGACCACGGGCGUGGAGCAGCAUCGGGCAAAGAUGGCGGCCUCUCCCGAACUCAUCCGCUUCACCGACAGCCUUCUCAAUACUGACAACAUGCUCUCCCCCCUCCACCACACCUUCGCCGCCGCAGACGCUGCCACCCGACGAACAUCCGCCGGUGAGCCUCUGAGCGCCAGUUCGCCGCGCAUCGGCGAGGCAUACGUCAACAGCCCCAAACGCGAUCCACUUCGCGACGGCUAUCGUGCCACACCACCCUCAUCUGCAUGGAGGCAUUCCGGCUCUUAUACCGGACGCGACGGCUCGCCAUGGUACACCGAUGCGCGCUCUUCGCCUUUUGCCUCUUCGGCCGCACGCGACUACGCCACCCUCGAGCUCGAAUCGAGCCUAGGUGCGCCAACACAUCCCGCCGGUGACCCCUCGAUGCACUACGGCGACACCAGCAACGCCGACAACGUCGUCGCGCUCCUCCACGCCGCUGCAGCCGCAGACGAAGCCAACAAGCACGCGGAUCGCUCCAACGAGAACCGGUUCCCUUCGCCGAGCGCGUUUUACCAGCAGGGCAUGCCUACAUACGGUAUCCCUCCGUAUUCGGCCGCCUACCGAUCCAGCUCGUCCGGUCUCGGCUUCACCAAUUCGCCCAAUCUCGGCUUUGCACGACCCUACCGCGGCGUCGACGGCUCCAUGGAUGCCCCCUCGCCCUACGGUCAGGCAGCCGCCACCGUCCAGCCCUCGGCAACCGCAUCCUCGGCGCAAGACGAAGACGUCAAGACGCAGAUCAAGACCGAGCCCGCAACAGCCGAGGUUGACCCCCAGCCUGCCGCCAAAAAGCCACGCGCACGCGGUCGCAAGAAGAGCGUCGUCAAGGUCGAGAACGACGAGGCGUCGGCGAGCGUCUCGACAUCCAACGCACCAACGGCGCUGGACAGCGUCGUCUCGGCCGCGCUGGCUGCUUCGGAGGCCCCCGCCGCCUAUGCUAGCACUGCUUUUGCGCCAUACGGAUAUCCCGACUACAGCGCCACCGCCAUGCCUGCCACUGCCUUCUCCGCCAAUCCUCUGGUCUCGCUGGCCGCGCAGGUGAGCGGAGCCCUCGCCGCGCCUGCCACUACAUCGCAGGCUCUCGUCUCGUCCGAGCCAACUGCCCAAGCCGCGCCUCCAGCAGCCAAGGCUGGCUCGGCAACCUCUGCCGCCUCGCCUACUUCGCCUGGAAAGAGCAAGACCGAGAGCGACGCGGGUGGACCCAAAUUGCACGAGUGCGAGACAUGCGGCAAGUCCUUCAGCCGAAGGUCGGAUCUUGCACGACACCGCCGCAUUCACACUGGCGAGCGUCCUUACCCGUGCGACUAUCCGGGCUGCGGAAAGAGCUUCAUCCAGCGAUCCGCACUCACCGUCCACUCGCGCGUCCACUCGGGCGAGCGUCCGCACAAGUGCGAGUUUGAAGGAUGCGACAAGAGUUUCUCGGACAGCAGCUCGCUCGCACGACAUCGCCGAACGCACACGGGAAGGCGACCGUACGUCUGCGACUUUCCCAAAUGCGGCAAGAUGUUCACGCGUCGCACCACGCUCAACCGCCACUCGCGAUGUCACCAGCCCGGCUACGUCAAGCCCAAGAGCCGCGGCAAGGGUCGCGGCAAGGGAAAGAAGUCGGGCGCCGAAGGCGAUGCCAAUGCGGGCGACGACGACGAUGACGAUGAUGAGGACGACGACGACGAAGAUGACGAGGACGAAGACAGCGAGGACGAUGAGGAGGAUGAGGAUUCGGAGGCCGAGUCUGGCUCCGGAUCCGAGCCAGCCGAGUCGGUCACGCCGCCCGAAACCUCUGCGCAAGUGGCCAAGGGCGCCAAGCGUGCUGCUCCUGGGCGUGGACGCAAGAAUUCAAACGCCAAAAAGGCCAACACUGGCAACGCCGCCGGUGUGGUCAACCGCAUGAACCGCUCGGCGAGCGACGCGGAGGCUGCCAUGACGCUGGCUCAGGCCGCAUUGCAGGCACAGUUCAAUCCCUAUUACGCCGAGCAGAUUAACGCUCCUGGCACAGAUGCACCUUCGUCCAACGCAACCAGCAGCAUGCCCUGGUCCUAUCCCAUGUCGGCUCAGGACGGAACGGCGGCACUGCUCGCCGCGAGCAACCACUCGAGCUUCUCGCCGGGCAUGGGCUCGAACGACUCGAACGAGGCGAUGGAGGCUGCCGCUGCCGUCCUCGGCGGCUUUGCCAACUCACCAAGCGCCACGAGCAACGGCGCCGAUGCGGCACACGCGAGUUCGCUCUCGGAAGCACAGCUGCUGCUCGACGCCGCCAUGAGCCCCGUGUCGAAGCACGCCACCAUUCCGGGUACUUCGGAUGCCAACAAGGGCGCCGCCGCGCGCGGUCGUGGUCGUGGACGCGGUCGUGGAGCUCAAGCUGGCGGUCGAAGCAGCCGUCCCAGCAACCUGUCGACCGCCACAGGCGCAGAGUCGUCCGAAGCGGCGUCGGAUGAGACGCCCGCUGCCGAGCCGUCGUCCUGA